AUGGCCCUCAAGAAUCCGCAUGAAGCUAUAAGGCCUGAUUUCAAUGCUAGAGAGCACCAAUCAGCUCGCCAGCAGCUAAUAGCAGAUGGGCUCAAUGAAGACCAAGCCACUCACAUGCUCAAAUCCUUAUGGACUCUGAAAAACAAUGCCAACAAGGCGCAUUGUAAUGAGAGACAAGAACAGAUACAAGAAAUGUGCCAGCAGGAAGAAGAGGAAAAACAGCAACACCUUCAAGUCCUUCAGGACGAAGAAGAGGCAGCUUGUCUAGAAGAGCGAAAGAAAAACAAGAAUAAGUACGCUCCUUUUGCUCGAGGAAAAAUUAAAGCAGGGGACUAUUGCGAAUUGCAUUACUUUACCAAUAAAGGCCUUGACAAUGCCAACAAGAGUGCCCAGAUCGCAGAACCAGAUGUGCUAGUCAUGCUACCCUCUGCAGAUGGCAUUCACUCAUGGGUCCCCGCCGAUGCAGUGAAAGACCCCAAAGCAUCUCCAGUCAUGAAGGAUGAGAAUCUUACCUGGGAAGAAUUCAAUGAGGCAGUGGCAUGCAUCAUCAACUAUAUGAGAACUCAUGACUGGCUAGUUGAACGGGUCAACAUGCUCAUCCAGUUUUGGUCGGCUCUACAGCAGCAUCAUUGGUGCCAUGCCUCCGACCCACUAAAGCAGUGUGUGCUGCUACUGUAUCAGUCACAGCAGCACCGCAGAUGGCAUUUGUCAAUCGGCACAGGGCUAACCUGGAGCCUUGAGGAGAUCAAUCAAGAUCUUCUCUUAGAAGCUUGA